AUGCAGAUAUUUGUGUAUCAUUAUAUGCAACUUUUCGAUCCUCUUGAAGCAAAAAUGGAGAAAUCUGCAACGAUGGAAACCAAGGUGAAUAUCAAGGCUUCUGCAGAGAAGUUCUUCGACGUUUACUGCAACAAGACACACCAUUUUGGCAGCAUCUUGCCUGAACAAAUAGAGUGUGUGGAGAUUCAGAAAGGUGAAUGGGGCAGCGAGGGAUCGAUCAUCUGCUGGUAUUACUCACUUGAGGGGAAACGUUGUGUGUGUAAGGAGGUGGUUGAAGACAUUGACAAGAAAAACAAGAAAAUGAAGUUCAGAGUUAUAGAGGGAGACUUGUUGGAACUUUACAAGACCUUCAACUUCAUUCUUCAAGUUACUCCAGAGGAGCAGGGAAGUGUGGUGCAUUGGGUCAUACAAUAUGACAAACAAAACGACCUCGUUUCUGACCCUCAGGCCAUGUUGCAGUUGCUAAUUCUGGAGAGCAACAUGCUUGAUGUUCACCUUACCAUGAACACCAACUAA